AUGUCAACAAAUCUGCAAUCCAAAAUGGUGCCUUCACAAAAUAUUUGGUUACCAUCAAAUUUAUUACCAAACCAAAAAAUUUUAGUCUCUCUCACCGGUCCUCAUGGCACUGACAUUAUUGGAUGUGUAUUAGAUUGUAUGGCGAAAAAUUCUUGUGAAAUUGAAGACUUCAUGUUAUCUCGACUUUAUCAUAAUGUUACUUUUGGGGUUUUGAUUACAUUAAAAUCUGAUAAUUCUGAUUUGUUUCGUGAUCUUGCUGAAGCUGCUCAAAAAUGGGAUGGGAUUUUAUCUUUUAAUAUUCAUGAGCAACAAGAUAUUUUACCAAAAUCCCUUGAAGACGCUCCAUAUAAAAAUCGCACUAAGUAUACUGCUACUGUAUUAAACCAGAAUGGUCUUACCCUGCAAUUUCUGGAUGAGUGGACAAAAUUAUUGCUUCGGGAAAAAAUUUCUGUAGAAAAGAUGCAAAGAUUAAGUGAAGGGAAAUUAUCAUGUGCUGAUUAUAAACUUUCAGUACCAUUAGAAACGGAUUUUGAUCGUUUGAGACAAGAAUUGUUUCAGUUGAGCAUAAGUCAUGGAACUGAUGUUGCUCUCCAACCGUUUAAUGUGUUUCGAAAACAUAAAAGAUUAGUUGUUUUUGAUAUGGAUUCUACAUUAAUACAACAAGAAGUAAUUGACGAAAUCGCUAAAAUGGCUGGUGUUGUCAAUAAAACAAUCACAGAAGCAGCAAUGAACGGAGAAAUCGACUUCAAGGAGUCUUUACGACGUCGUGUUUCAUUAUUGAAAGGAACAUCAACUGAUGUUUUACAAGCUAUCAAGAAGAAUCUUAUUUUUACCGAAGGGGCACAUCUUCUAUGUAAAGCACUAAAAAAGAUCGGUUUUAAAUUGGCAGUAAUUUCUGGUGGAUUCAUCCCUCUUGCCAUGUAUGUGAAAAACGAGCUUGGGCUAGAUUAUGCUUUUGCAAAUCAAUUAAAAGUCUCGUCGGAUGGCUUAACGUUCACGGGCGAACUUGAUGGUCCAAUUGUUGAUGGAGAACGCAAAGCUGAGCUUUUAGAGGUGAUUGCUCAAGCUGAAAAUAUAAAACUUGAACAAGUUGUCGCUGUGGGUGAUGGUGCAAAUGAUUUAUUCAUGCUGGCAAAGGCUGGAUUAGGGAUAGCGUUUAAUGCCAAACCGCGUGUACAAGAAAAAGUAUAUAAAUUUAAUGAACUUUUAUAA